UCAUACGUGUGCUGCAACUUACAUACAGAACUGCAACCGCGUCCACCUGAUUCUUGUCCUUUGACUUGCCUUAUCUCACGCUACCUCACACUCCUCAUUACUCUCUGCUUUGUUUCCAUGGCCGAGCUACAGCCGCCCGACGCCUCUAUCACCGCCGCUUCCCUCCCUUCUGCUGCCGCUACAGCCACCACCUCCAACACGACAUCUAUAGGUCCACCACCUCCCCCAUCCGAUAACCCUCCAACCAACAACGUUAAUAACAACAAUUUAGGCCCCAGUUUGGCCCCGAAACGCCAGCGCCGACCAAGUGUUCGAUUAGGAGAGAUCGGAGACUCACCUUCCGAUACUCACUUCCGUCGAGGCCCCAAAACGUGGCGUUUCCACAAGGACCCCACUUUCGCAGCUAAAACGUCAAAGACCCGGCCUCUAACUAACCUCGUUAACGGUGGCGGGGAUAAUUAUGACGACAACAACAACAACAUAGAGGACAACAAUUACAACCUUGAUUUGGGAAAUCGCAAGUCAAAAUCGAGAAAACCAACAAAGAGAGUGAGGACAAAUUGGCAUUCCUCGUCAGCUAAGUUUGAGACGCCUAAUGGUGGAGGAAUUCACGAAGAGAACUUUUUCAGAGAAGAUAACAACGAUAAUGAAGAAGAGUUUCGGGAAUUCGAGCUGGAGGGCUCAGAAAGCCCAGUAAAAGAGCACAGUCCAAUUAAUUCUAUGGAACACAUGGGGCUUCAGUAUUGGGAUCGGAGAGGAAUUAGGACUAGAGUCUCGGAGAGCCGAGACCAUCACGAUGACCUCAACAACGGAGGAGUGAAUUCUGAGGAUAAGAGCAUUGGAGUAAGGGAUUGGUUGGUUGGUUUGGGUCUGGGGAGAUACGCUCCCGUUUUUGAGAUACACGAGGUUGAUGAUGACGUUUUGCCCAUGUUAACUCUGGAGGAUCUCAAGGAUAUGGGUAUUAGUGCUGUUGGUUCCAGGAGAAAAAUGUUUAAUGCCAUACUCAAGCUGCGGAAAGGAUUUUCGUGAGUUUAGCCUUUACUGGUUUAAUGGGAGGGGUUUAAUUGCUGUCGAAGCAAAGACAUUUUAGGUCUUUACCAAAGCAGGCUUGACAUUGGGAUAUUACACCCAAGAAGACCUUAGAAAUCCAUAAGUUCAACUUGGUGUAUCACGAGCACAAAGAUCAGCAAUCAAACCCAUAAUUCCCAUUUUGACUGCUACUUGCAGGAGGCUAUGGCAGAAUUUGUUGUAGUUAUUGAAAGAUUCUUUUGUGCUUCAAUAUCUUCAGUUAGUGAGUCUUUCAUAUUAAGCAUGAGAGCUUUGGUGACAUAGAGGAGGGUGACUUAUCUACCCAUAGUUGUUCUAGUUUUUAUGUGGUAUCCAGGUGGAGCUUGCCAAGAUAUUUUGGUACUAAAAUGUGAACAAUAGAGUAUCCAUUUAUUCUUCUUUAUGGUCUAGAGCAACAGGUCCUUUCCCUGAUAUUGCCCUGGAAGUCUUGAAUGGGAUUGGAGGGCUUUGUGUAUCUUUUUAAUUGUUUCUUUCUUGAUAAAGAUCUUUACAGUUGUUUC